AUGAACGUUGUGGCCCUAAAACAUUCUUGUCUACCACCUCAAGUCUUCAUUAACUAUCCUUUUGUUGACUUGUUAGGUCCACCAAUCAUCACACACGUAUCUGAUAACCAGACAGCAAAUGAAAGAGAUAAGGUGAUGCUUAACUGUACAGCUGAUGGUAAUCCACCUCCAAAUAUCACAUGGACAAGACUGUCUAGUGAAAAUCGCGUCACUUUUCCUCUGACCGUCGGUAGGCAGGAUGAGGGAGGCUACCGAUGCACUGCUGAUAAUGGCAUUGCCAUUAAAAGCCAUGAUGUCUUCAUUACUGUGCAAUGUGAGUGAAAUUGAUCAACAACGCAUGCUGGUGUAGAACGGAUUGUGGUCUUGCAGUUGAAAAAGUUACGUUAUUGUCACUUUUUCAUAAGAAAUGCCUACAUGUGCCUUACUCCUUGAGCUCAACCGUGAAAACGUGAAGUUAAUGACCUACAUAUGUAUGCUAAACAGGUUUAGCGGUAAACUAAAGUCAUCCAUUUAUCUAAUUUAUCAGUAUAUAGUUUUUAUCGUGUGCUCACUUUACUACUGGCUUUUUUUCCUAACUUUUUUAUCGCCGUAACACGUUUCGUCAUGAUUAUAAUUUAUAGACGCAGCUGUAGUAGAGUCGGUCACUCCUGUAACAUCGCAGUCUUGGAUUGGACAUACAGUGAAAUUGACAUGUAAGGCAGACGGUGUCCCGACGCCAAACUUGACUUGGAAAAACCCGAGUGGUAACGUUAUACAUCAAGUAACAGGAUUGAAAAACAUAGUAGAUGUGUUGAUGAGCAGUGAUCAGGACUUUGGGAAUUACACAUGCGAGGCAACUAAUGAUGUUGAUACUGAUACAAGUACGGUGCUAGUGCAGCAGAUAAGUAAGUAAAAUUUCUAUUGUGCUUUGGUUGUAUGGAACUUUUUCUAAAAACGUUGUCGGAAAAAAGCAAAAAGUCUUCUUGCGAAGACCGCAAGGUCAUGUGGUUAGUUCAAGUCCGCCAAAAAGCACUCCACUAAGCUAGCCACUGAUUUGUUAUCAUAUAACAAGAACGCUCUUACAGCGGCGUUCCGUCUCGCUUGCUUGGAGAUAAGAUCGAGAAAUGAGGAGGCGAUUAAUUCUACACGAAGCAGGAUUUACUCGAUAAAGGUUGUUUACUUCCAACUUUAUCCACGUCGAGUAUUCUUCAGGAUAUUUACAGGCUAUACACGAAAAUGCAAGGGCCUCGAUUCCAGAGAAAUUACAUCAUUGCCAGAGAUCAAAAAAGUGAUUUACAUGGCACGUCACAAGACUGUUUGCAUACAAUGAAAGUUGACAACACCCGACCAUCGCAGUUUUGCUAAAAAAGAUUCUUUUCUUUUUUUCAGACUACUCAGUAGUGCUCACUUGUUCCAAAUUAAUAAACGCUUGCAAGCGAUAGAAUUCGUGGACAGACGUUUCGGAAAAGCUACAAAAUUAAUCUUUCUUAAGCUUUCUUCGCAAAACGUGGUGACCUCGGUCACCCAACGAUUCUUAUUCCCAGUUUCAGUGACCCCCUUUUGUGUCAUAAAUACAACGAAAAACAGGUUGCAGAUUAUGAGUCUCGCUGCUUACGUAAGCGAGACUAAUGAAAAGCACACAAGACGGCAUCACAAAGACGGCAUGCAAGCAUAUCGCUUUCAAAGUGAAAUAACGUUUCAGAAUACGUGUACCCUCGCUUUUUAUCAGCUAAAUAACAAUGGAAAACCGCAUUGUUACAUGUUAAAAUUUGCAUAACUUGGUAGAGAAGUGCACGAAAAAGGUUACCAUACUCAAGUAAAAGGUUACCAUACUCAAGUAAAAAAUAAAGCUCGCCAAAGUAUACUUCAGAUGAUACUGAAAGGACAUUUCUAUAGUAGACCUCUACUACUUAUGCUCAGGACAAGUUCCAUGUGAGAAUUGUUUGUUUUUUCGAAUAAUAUCGCGAAUUUUUUUGGAAAUGGAUUCUUAAGGAGUGUCUAUGUUCAAAAAAAGUGAAAGAAAUGUUUGUCUCCUGAUCACUUGCCCUAUAUAAAAGCGCGUUAAUAUGAAGUUCCAUGCCCUGUUUCGAAAUGUACAAAACGGAAAAAAACAAGCGUCAUGCACGUGCAAAGAUGAUGCUUUGCCAAUCUCAACCUAUUUAUUUCUACCGUUGUCAUCGCCGUUGCCGUCAUCUUUGCUUGGGCUCUUUGCUGUUUGAAGGGCUAACCACCACCUCUGGUUUCAGUUUCCUUGAUUGAAAAAUUCUCCCACAUAAAACGUGCACAGCUCUCGAGGGAAAAGUAGUGUGGCUGCUAGCAUACCCAACAACACGCACAGUGCAUUAUUAGCAAGUCAUUAUAAAAUCAAAUAUUAUAUUGCGGUCUUGCCUUACAGGUUCUUUGCUUUUCUUCCUACAAAGUUUAGUGAAAUAGCUGUUUAAUUAUCUGUGAUAUACAUACACCUACAAUUGGAAAAAAAGUAUCAGUCUAUUUUUUUUUUGCCGUUUGGGCAAUGGUUACACGUAUUUCUUCCGUUUUUAACAUGCUUAAAGGAGUAUGGGCCCUUUGCAGCUAAAUAGUAAUGUGGGACAAAAACACCUUGGGCACGGGUAAGAAGAACACCGCGAUUACGUCAUUUAAAAAGCUAAUUCCCCUCCCCCCGAAAUAGGUGCCCAAACGGCAGGUGUGUGUAUAUCGUAAAUGUUUACAACAAAACACAAGACAAGACCACAAAGACCUAUUAUAUACCGCCCUCUUAUAAUGCCUAGAAGCAAAGGUGGUCAUCCAAAGGUAUAUUUCUAUUUAACAUUUGGUCUGUUGGUUUCACUAAGAAACACAAGUACAGAAGAUGGGACUUAAUUAAAUUCGAAUUGUUUUUAUUUUAGCAUUGCCCUUUUUUCCUAUUGUUUUUCGUGUCCUUAUUUAAAGGGGGUAGACCACGAGGAGCCGCGAGCGGUGAUAUUCUUGUACGGCAUCUGGCGCCACAUCAAAGAAUUUGGAAGUGAAGGGCAAAUUCCUAGAAUAUCUUCGCCAGUUAAGCUAGAGAAAAGGUGUUAAACAACCUCAGGAUCCUAAACAACACGUCAAUCAAAAUAUCACUUAUUCCUAGAAUAUCUUCGCCAGUUAAGCUAGAGAAAAGGUGUUAAAAAAACCUCAGGAUCCGAAACAACACGUUAAUCAAAAUAUCACUUAUUCCUAGAAUAUCUUCGCCAGUUAAGCUAGAGAAAAGGUGUUAAAAAAACCUCAGGAUCCGAAACAACACGUCAAUCAAAAUAUCACUGGACCUUUGCGCUAAUGAAGAGCUAUCACGCGGCUAAGCUUGAAUUAGAUAUAUAUUGAAAUAGAAACUCGUGUCAAUAAAGUAUCAGAAGUGAGUGGGAAUCGCUCCUGGUUAAAAAACUGGUUCACAGGGAUAUGCAUCUCUUCUAGUUAAGAGAAGGGAAUCAGAACUGCUUUUCAUGCAGGAACAGGUUUUUUUUCGGGCUAACUACAAAACUUUAUUUCACUCUUGUCAUUGACAUUGACUCUUCACAGUUUAUUUCACUCUUGACAUUGUCAAAGCGCAUUUUGUAAAGAUAACUUUUUCCGCCUUAUCAGCUUUUUUUAUAUUCUAUUCCAUUAAUGUUUAACCUCCCUCAAAAAGCCAAAUAAUAUAAAUGCUGUUGUUAAAAAAAGCGUUUUACCUGUUUUCGUGAAUUCGCUACCCAAAGAUGACUAUGCUCAAAGGACAGGGCAAAAUUUCCAGGAGAGAGGCAUUAUUUUUUUCCCAACGAGGUUACAAAGAGAAAAUGCAAUGAUUAUUAUUAAUGUAACCAUCAGGUAUACUCUACCCACGAGUUUACAGUUUAUUAUUAACGUAACCAUCAGGUAUGUUCUACCCACGAGGUUACAGAGAGCAAAUGCAGUGAUUAUUAUUAAAUGUAACCGUCAGGUAUAUUCUACCCACGAGGUUACGGAGAGCAAAUGCAAUGAUUAUUAUUAACGUACGUAACUUUCAGGUAUGUUCUACCCACGAGGUUACAAAGAGAAAAUGCAAUGAUUAUUAUUAACGUAACCUUCAGGUAUGUUCUACCCACGAGGUUACAGAGAGAAAAUGCAGUGAUUAUUAUUAAUGUAACCGUCAGGUAUGUUCUACCCACGAGGUUACAAAGAGAAAAUGCAAUGAUUAUUAUUAACGUAACCAUCAGGUAUGUUCUACCCACGAGGUUACAGAGAGCAUGCAAAUGCAGUAACAAUUAUUAGAUUUUAGUGCAACUAAAUAAUACUGUUCCUCCGUUAAAAGAGGUUUCUGCUAGGGUUAAUUCAAGUUUGGCUUUCAUGAGUUUCAAGGUGCAAGAAAUCAUCAGUAUAAUUAUAGCACACAAACAUUCUCACCUAAUUUUUCGCACGUAGCCGGAAUAAGUCAAGAAAUGAAGCAUAUAUAACGAAAAAUCGUCCUCAGAUGAUCUCCAUAUUAAGUAAAUUAUACUAAACGUUGCGAAAGAAAUUAUUGUUUGUAUCCGUCUUAUUCAUCGUAAAAACAAGGGGUCAUCGCAUGACAUCCGGUGUAUUAAACAGAGGUAAUACUCACGGGUUUCACGAGUUGUAUGCGCUAUUUUUCACCGAGAAACGAAUUUAAACUUCAAUUCUUACCUUACAGUAGUCCGUUCUUUUACCUUGCAUUCAACAACAGAUCUGUUAAAGGUGAACAAAGCGAUUCCGGCACUCUUCUUUAUGAUGAGUAGCAGGCCGCAAGAACUGAAGCCGCUUGACUGAAGUAAAAUCCACCGAUAUGCACGCAUUCUCACUACAAAUAUAAACAAAGGUCGCGGGGAAAAAACGACGAGGAGGAAAAAAUGCCAGAUCUUCGCCUCGGCAAUGUCUUCCAGCUACCAUGCCGGUGUAUCUCCAGAAGGUGGACUCGAAGUGGGACAAACCUUGUGAUUUUCUUUAGAAGCCCUUUGCGCGCAAACUAAUUUAUUCUGGCGCGAAAUGAAGAUUAACAAUAUGUAUACUGAAAUCUGAUCCACGACAAGAAGAUUUCGCAGUGUAGCGCGACAUAUUAAAUAUUAAAUGCCUGUUUUUACAAGUACGCAGAGAAAGUGGUCCGCUAGUUUAACUUUUUUAAGAAGAAUUUACUCCACAAAAGCAAAAUGAAAUGUUUUAUCUCUAUGUUGUUUACGUGCCUGAUUAGAAGGCAGAAGUAAAUUCAUCAUACAGACCCCAUCAAAAUGAAAGUAAACGAAUGAAACGGAAUAAGUCUGGGACAGUUUAGUUUCUACUCAGCAGCUUCCUUGCUUCUAUAACAAAAAUUUAAGGUUGCAGUCUGUUUUAAACGUUGGCAUCUCAACACGCACAGUCACUGAAUGAAAACAACAGUCACGUUCACGUUCUUCGAAACCGACCAGACGCGCGCGACCUGCCACUGUUAUGGUAAGCAAUUAUCCUGAAGGUGUUAAUGUUCCCGUGACAGCCUUUGCACUGAAAGUGUAAAUGGUAAACCGAACGGUCGCUUUGAUUAUCAGAAAGACCUGUCAACUUUGAUAAUUUAACUGAUUAAAUUACGGGACAGAAAUUUUACUGCAUGCGGCUCCUCGUGCAUAGGUCAAUAAAUUUACAAUUCAGUACUCUCUCGAGAUCUUUCUUUUAUGUUAAAUAUUUUUCGAGUGAAGCCUUUAACUCAGCUUUCAUUCAAAAUAAAAACCGAGCCAUCACCGAUUAACGGCAUAUCAUCUUUUAUGAUUUAAUUAAUGAAAGGAUAAGGUGUUUCUUAAACUUGCUUUAAGUCGACUUAGGGAAUAUAGUUGGUUGAUGGUGCUCUCCAUCUUUGCCAAUCCCCGAGUUCUGCUACUUAUCCAUCCUGCUCGUGUUGGUUAUGUCAUAUAAGGUGUUUUCCCCUCUGUAUUUCCGUUUUGUAGUCUUUCUAUAUAACAAUCAGUUAAUGAGACAAAAUGAAGCUUGGAGCUGUACUACUUUUGUUUAGCGGUUUCUGAUCAGAAAAGGUACCCAAACAAUUCCCUGAUUCGUACAAGCAUACAAACGACCUACCCUAAAUCCCACUCCAUAUCCUUGCGCAAGUCAUAUGUAGGGAUUUCAGGGGUUCUAUUUUGCUCUACUUCAGAGGCGCCAGGCUUACCGACCGUCGGAGUGGACAUUAAAGCAACUUCCAUAAACGUUAGUUGGACAAAACCAGCUAAUAAUGGGGGACGUCCUAUUACAGCAUACAGAGUUUUAAUAUUGCAGGGCAACACGGAGAUACAAAAUAGGAAUUUAACCAAUCUAUUGGUCAAGCAUCUAUAUAUUGGAGGUUUAAACAAAACCACAAACUACACUAUUAAGUUGUUUGCCAGAAAUUACGUGUUUGAGGGAAAAGCAACUCAAAGGAAAAUUCAGACCAAAUAUGAAGGUAUGAAAAUGAGUAACAAAAAUGCUUUUAAUCAAGACAUGCAUUCAUUUAUUCAUACACGAUAGUUAGUGCUGAUAAUUGGCGCAGCUGUUUAGAGUGCUAUCUACUGAGUAGAUGGCACGCUCUUCAUGGCAAGCAUGGAACGAUCUAAGGCCUCGUCAGCAAGUAUCUGGAUAUUUUUGAUAUUUUUUCUCCCUUUUACUAUUAAAAAAGCGUUAAGACAUAGCGUACUAGAAUCGUUUUUGCUCAUCCACACAAAAACUCUAAGACAAUAGAAAUACGAUAGCAUCCCUUACUUGGUAAACAGGGUAUGCGCUGUAUGAGAUAUACAUUAUCGUAUUCGAAAACCUCUGUUUUCUUUCUGUUACACGAAAACAAUAAGCGGGCAAUUAAAAAAGUCCCCUCUGGUGACCAUUUUCGUAAACGUGCGUUUUGGUGGUAGUAGUAUACUAUGUUAAAAUUAACCGGAUUUUGGAUUUCCCGUCGAUUUCCAGCAUACUAAUUUGGAUUUCCUCCAUACUAAUUAAGUGCCUAGUCACUGCCUUCCCGCAUAUUAAUUAUGUGCCUAGUCAGUGUCUAGCUAGCGGGGUAAAAAUGCCUUCCUCCAUACUAAUUUGGAUUCCCUCGCAAAAGUGGAUUCCCUUUAUUAAUAUGUAUAACUGUCUUCCUGCAUACUAAUUCGGUAUAGGUUUACUAAUGAGGCAAUACUACAAUAGGCACAAUAGGCUUGCCUCGGCUUACCUGUAAAGUAACUUGAGCCCGGUGUUCGGACCGUCUAUUAAAAGAAAACUAGAAAUAAGUGAAGCGAUCACCUAGCAAGGCGAGAAACGGCUUCCUAUAUCUUAUUUAGCGCUAAAAGUCAGACAUAUAAACAAAAAACAUACAGAAAGUGGAGGUGAACAGCCUUUAUUUCAAUAAAGUUUACGUCUUCUUAUUUAGCGCUAAAACUCGGAUAUAUAAACAAAACACACGCACAUAUACACAAAGUGGAGCUGAAAACUUAUUAUUCCCUCCUCCACAUUUUUAUUAUUUUCCCUCCUCCUCCUCUUUCUCAUUUUGAUUGUUUUCCCUCCUCCUCAUCCUCCUCCUCCUCCACCACUACCUCCUCCUCAUUUCUAUUGUUUUCCCUCGAAAUGACCAAAAGGCCAAAAUCAGGCCUAUAAGGCCAAAAUCAAAUGUGAUGGUCUCAUUUUGGCCUCUCUGGCGUUUUCGAGGGAAAACAAUAGAAAUGAGGAGCAGGUGGAGGAGGAGGAGGAGGGAAAACAAUAAAGAUGAGGAGGUGGAGGAGGGAAAACAAUAGAAAUGGGGAGGAGAAGGAGGAGGGAAAACAAUCAAAAUGAGGAGGUGGAGGAGAGAAAACAAUAGAAAUGAGGAGGAGGAGGAGGGAAAACAAUAAGAUUGUGGAGGAGGGAAUAAUAACAUUGAGGAGGGAAAAUAAUAUGGUUGAGGGAAAAUAUUAUAAUUGUGGAGGAGGGAACAAAAACAUUGAGGAGGGAAACGUGGUAAAUAAAAGAUAGCUUGCUUUCUUUGACUAUAUAGAUUUCUUUCAAAUCGCUGUGUAUUUGACUCUUUUUGUUUUAGCAAUUGUUAGUCGCGUGUUUAAUCAAUUGAUCUUUCUUAAGUUAUUUGUUUUAUAAUAGGGAACUUAAGAACCACGACGAAGUUCACGACGACGACGUCUGUUGACCGGAAAAGCACUAGAAUGAGAACGUCAGUUUCGGCGGGAAAUAGGAAACUUAAGAUGCAGUCGCUCGGUGGGACGACGACGGCACUGAAUGUAAACACAAAACUGUUCAAAAGUAGGUUGAGUUUCAUCGUCCGGGUGAACGUAGUCCUCAAUAGGACUGUUGUUGUUGACAGUGACUGACGUUUCGACAACCUGUGCGGUAGUCAUCUUCAGGCUUAUUACAUCGGUGAAACCGGCAGAAACCUAAGCACGCGACUGACCGAACACAAACGAGCUACGAAGAAUGGUGACGUCAACAAUCACACUGCUGAGCACCAUUUAAAGACGAAACAUCAAAUUGACUGGGACUCUGCGACAUGUAUAACGUAUUCUACAGACUACUAUCACGUCUUACCUUAGAAAGCUGGUUUACUAACUCAGAACAAACGCCACUGAAUCGUAGCCAACAGUUACCAGCGCCGUAGAAACGACUUAUUGACGAGAUCAAGCAAAACUAACUACGAGAGAAUGACAAUUUGACUAACAAUAGACGACUGUUUAACUGCGACAAUAGACGGAUCGAAAGGCACCAAUUACUGAUUACGAGUGUUCAUAGCCAAUAACAUCAUGGCUCAACUGACAGACGACCGACAACAUCACGACGUAAUUGACCAAUCAGAUCAAUAACCAGAGUGUAAUACCAUUAACUGACGUGAUACAACUCAAUUUGACUCUGAAGAUGACUACCGCACAGGUUGUCGAGACGUCAGUCACUGUCAACAACAACAGUCCUAUUGAGGACUACGUUCACCAGGACGAUCAAAUUCAACCUACUUUUGAAAUGACUCCUGGGUUCAAACCUUUCACACAAAACUGUUCGUUCGCGACAAAGUUUUUUCGCAAUGGCGUCUUUUAAAACAAUGCAAGAUCUUCCUUUUUUGAGCCAUACGUCUAAUUUCAUCGAUGAUGAAGAAUUUUUAGUGUUGUCUGACUUCUUCGAAUGGAAAAAUCCUUGCUUUCUGUACGAGGAUUAUUCACCGUUCAACCUAGAUGAGAUGACCGAGUCUGAGUGUCUGUCAGAGUUUAGAUUUCGGAAAAGAGACAUUCCCAUACUCGCAGAUGUUCUUGACAUUCCAGAAACCAUGCGGUGUGAACAAGGAUCUACUUUUGACGGCCUGGAGGGUCUUUGCAUGGUCUUAAGACGCUUGUAUGAUUCCCAGGUUUACGAAUCCCGUCCCAGUUAUAAGUAUGUAGACGAACGCUGUGCUGGACAUUUUAUACGCUACCCAAAGUCCUAGAAUAACUCGAUGGAUUCAUGAUAUCCUGGACCCCGUCCAAAUGGAGAUGUACGCCGCAGCAAUAACCGCAAUAGGUGCCCCCCCUGCAAAAUUGCUUUGGAUUUAUAGACGGCACCGUACGACCAAUCGCUCGCCCUGGGGACAACCAACGUAUCUUAUACAACGGCCACAAGCGGGUGCCUAAAUUUUCACGAAAUGCUUUCCAAAAAAACACACCUCUAGCCUGAAGCAGAAGAGGAUCGAAAUACACAGUCCGCAAUUGGUUACGUUCAGUAGCCAAUAAGAAAACAAGAAUUUCGAUCCGCCACGUGGGUAUUUAUGUUCAGUUCAAAGCUCAACAGACAGAACGGCUGUACCGUUCUCGCCACGACAAAGUACAACUAAAGUUGCUCUUCUAAAAGCAACUAAGCACAAAGCCAACCCGGCAACUGAUGAGGUUCGUGAGGAGAACCGAAACCAUGGUCUUGCCUGAUCACAAACUGUGGCAAUAACAAAACAGUUUAAAGACUGUUAAGCUUAUUCAAAGCUAUUACCAAGGGAGGAACUACGCGCUCCAGUCAAAAGCCUCACACUAUCUUUAGAAAAACACUAAGCUGGAGUUUACUGAGUCACAAUUCAAUUCUCCAUAGUAAGUUUAUGUAGCUUCAGUUUAAGCUGCAUUUCACUCUUAUA